AUGGACACAUCGAGUACGGACGCCAGCAAAGAUGUUCAAUUUUCCAGCGAAUUCGACCAAAUAUUCCCACUCGACUCGUUCGCAACCGACUGUGGCGACCAAUCUCCCAUUAUCUCCACCGCACAGCUCACCCGUCAGUCAACGCAGGACUGGAGCAAAGAUCUCUGGUCACUUUCACAAAAUACGGGCUGCUCUACCGACCAAGACAACUUCUCUCUUCAAGAUAGCACGCAACCUUCGGCUGUAUUGGGCUUGAAUCUUGACCUUGAUGCCGCUUCAGCCGGACAUUCCCAGGCUUCCGUACCCCGCUCAUCGCCUUCAACCCCUCCAGCAACUCCUGGUUCCAAAGUCAAGGGAGGUUUAUUCACCCCAAAGACCAUCCGUCGUCACCGAGAAUCCAAUGACCACCGCGGUUUACUACGCAAACAGAGCUUCUCCCCUGGCUUGAUGCGCUCUUCUCAACUCCAGAAAGGCAGCUACAGGAUGGCUUAUCCUGAGGCCUGGGCUCAACGACUACAAAAUUUCACUAUCCGUAGCUCUGAUGAGGGCUUACCAUUGUCGCCACCUCCAUCCGACAUCCUUGUUCAAAGGGAGAGCAUCUCCAAGCACACGGCCGCACAGAUGAACAACUCGGCAGAGAACUUUCAAGGAUCAACGGAGCUGCCUCAGCAAUUCGACUCUGGCUAUAUGACCCAAUCUCCAGCAAUUCCCAUGCCGUCACCAUCCGUCAAUGCUCUAGCCAGUCAGCACCAGAGGUAUCUAAACCAGUCAAACACAUCUACAUUAACUCCAAGCCCUCCUUCGGCAGGUGGAAUGUUUUCUUCACCACAUUCCUCCGAUCCCCAGUCAAUGUCUUCUUGGCACUCCGAUUCUCUCGGGACAUCAGCAUUCCAUUACACGCCUGAGCUAAAUGAUCCUCAAACAUGGUGGUCGCCUAUGCCGUCUGAGGUCACACAGCGCCACGCUUCGUAUCAACAUAUAAUUGCAUCUCCGGCCCCGCAGCGGCCAAUCCAAGCAUCUGCUAACCACGGCGACCUCCUGCAAGGGGGUCUUAUGAUUCAGUUAGACCCUACACAGUUUGAUUUCUCUUCAUCUUUUCCUUCUUCCGCUAUACCGACGACCGCCAAUACCCAGGACAGCCAUUCUUACAAUUUCGAAACACACGCACCACAGACAUACGUUGACUCAACUUCCUUCACCACUCCGAACAUUCCUAAUCCAUCGCGAUCGCCAUCCAUUUCCCCCAAAACGGGAACCUCGCCAACUCAACGCAGAGACGGUAUGGUACUGAAGAAUACUCCUCGUCGUCAUCACGGCCGGAACUUAUCUGGUCAAUCAACGAACAUCCCCAAGCCUGUCAAGGCUCCCACCAAUCUAUCCACAAGCCCAAAGGCUGACAAAUCAGUCACAGUGUCGUUUGUCAACUUCACGGCCAACGACAGCCAGAAGAUCCUUACCGGUGUCGCCCCAAGCGGCAGCUCAAAGACAAAAGCGAGACGGGAGCAAGAGGCCCGCGAUCGCCGGCGCAAGCUCAGCGAGGCUGCGCUGCAGGCGGUGCGGAAGGCCGGUGGCGAUGUCGAAGCCCUAGAAGCCGUUUUCUGCUAA